AUGUCUCAGAGGAAGAGAGGAGAUGUCAUGACAGAUGUUUGCCAUCUUUCAUGUAUACAUACCCAUGUGUGCUGGAACGCAAUGAGGAGGUCAUUCCCUACAUUGAUCUGGCAGUAUGAAAUCGAUCAAAAGCAGUCGCUGCUACUCGGGCGGUGUUGGUCUUGUCAUUCGGUCGGUGACGAAGGUUGUUCGUUGGUCGCCCUUCGUCUUUCGAUGAUCGACAGAGACGGACAAACGACUGUUAGGACCAACGCACCGUUCAUUGAUCCCAAUCCCGACGUCAAAGUCAAUCCCCAGCCUUUUCUUCCUCCCCAUCGUCCUGAACCGUCGAAGAAAGUCCUUUCUCGUCCUCCGAACGAACUCAAUCCUUAUCCACCUAUCGACUGGAUCGAGGUAGAACGCUUCAGGUUCGCCCUAUGCAAUCCUCCGGAGUGGGGAAUGCAGACUGAAAUUGAUGAGAUCGGUAUGGGAAUCCUCAACCACCUGAUCUUAACUUGCCAUUAUCUGGAAUGGAAAGAAGGACACUUGCAAGAAAUCGUUAAAGAGCUUGAGAAAGAACGGACCGAAAACAUAGGCGCUCUCCAAAGUCUGAAUAUGAAACUUAAGCACUACCUCAUGAUUGCUUAUCAGAACGACGGAGCAUGGAUAGACUGCCAACACAAGAUUCAAGCUCUCCAGCAACAGAAAUAUGAUAGCGAUGUAUUCAUCCAACAUGCCAUCGAUCGAGAGGGAAGGGCAGUAUCGCGAGAAGCAAAUAUGAGAAUGGAGCUUCAGUGGGCGAGGCAAGGGGAGGCAAAUGCGAUGUAUGCACAGAAACAGGCGGAAGCCCAGAAGGAGGAGAUAAUCACGCAGCUCCUUGCGAGGGAGGAGGAACUUGCUCGCCUCAAGGAGAGUCGGGCCGCGUCUUUAGGACAGAUGAAAUUUAUACGAGCGUACCAGAAGAUGACGAGAUUACUGGAAGGGCUGCAUGUGGGGCAGAAUGCUCGUCAGCUGUCCAUGCGGGGAUGUGUACUGUGUGAUGUAGGCCUACUCGUCUCCUCUUCCAAACGCAAGUACAAUCAAUUUCCAUCCCGACUCCGCGAUGCAUUUGUGUGCAAGGCUGAUUGUAACAGUUCGGAGAAGGACGAUUGCCCUAAUGCCGUUGAGAGAUCAUUCCCGACUCUGAUAUGGCAAUACGAGAUUGAUCAAGAAGGAGUUCUAACACCUGGGGAAUGUUGGUCUUGUCAUACAAAUUUCGACGAAGACUGUUCCGUCACAUCCCUCCGUCUAUGCAGAAAAGACGAUCAUCUACCUGGGUGUAAGCGAGACAUAUCUCUAAUCCUUCCGAACCACACGUCGACAAAGACAGGAAGUAGGACAGCUACCGAGGCAGGACUUACUGAGCCAGAGGCAAAACGACCAACCUCUACGUGUCAAACUCCUCCCCCAACAUGUCGUCAGCCUAUACCUCCUCUACCCUCGUCAUCACCAGAGAUAUCUUUCAUGUCCAGGAUCAGGCCAUAUCUCCCUCCACUGAAAUCUCUCGGUUAUCCACGGAUACCCGCAAACAAUCGUGCAUCCGGAUUUCGUCAACCAGCGAUCGAUGUCUCCUCUCCGUCCCCACGAUUGUCAGUGAUAGAGAUAUCAUCUCCGUUCCAAUCAACACAUGUCAUAGAUGUAUCAUCUCCAUCCCCACCAUCUUCACCUAUCACUUGUUCCAAAUCACAGACGCUCCCUACGAAAGUCGUACAAACCAUCACUCCCGAGUAUCCUUCAUUCGACCUCGCAGGAUUAGCAAGAUAUCGAGCAGUCUUCGAAAGCAUCCAGUCUGAUGGUACGCUGGUCCUAGAGCAUUUAGUGGGGCACUGCCAGCGAGUCAUAACGGAGGCUCAAAAAGAUCGCGAGAGUCUUCAGAAGUGUCAAGAGCAAGCACGGAAGGAACGAGAAGAACAUGCCACGGCCAUUCGACUGUGCGAUACACGAAUGGCGCAUGCCGUGCAAUUAACAGCUCGACAGGAUCAAGGGUUGGCGGAGGGUUUCAGGAGGGUCCGAGAGUUGGAGCUCGAACAAGCCGCCAAUCAGAAGCUUCUGAAGCAGGCUGAGCGUGACCGACAGGCUGCUUUCCAAGAGAGGGACAAGGCGACCCGAAGGGAAGCAGAACAACAAGACAAGGUUCACCGAGGGAAGGUGGUGGAAGGGACACUCAUCCACAAAAUCAACGAACUUGAAGCAAGACGUUAG